CAUAAACACACAAGAGAGUUAUUUAUUCUCUAAAUGUUUGGGGUCGCAAAACUUUUCUCUUCAUAAUUACUCUCUUUUCUUUUGCUUUUAAUAAUUUCAAUCUUUAUCUAAAGAAAGGAUGAUGAAAGAAUAAAAUGAUCAUGAAAAAAAAUCGAACAUGAAAUUAUGGCUGAUGAUGAGUAGUAUUGACAAAUCAAUUAUCGACCAAACUGGGAAAUGAAAGUAGUAAAAAGAGAGUAAUGAAAAUGGUCCAAACUGAAACUUAAAAUUGAAUUAUGAAUAAUGAUAUGUUUAGAACCAGUCCCCAACCAUCAUUGCGUAUCUUGAAGGGACUACGGCCUAUAGAGCCAUCCUCUUCAUUAUCAUCAUCGUUUUCACUCAAUAAACGUCUCAAUCCUUCUCUAGUUACAUUUUAACCCUCUACUUACUACAAAACUAUACCAUUCUCCUAUGAUCUAAGUAUUAAUUCAAGCCGGUACGUAUUGAAAUCUUGUUUGAAUGUUCUCAUGACACCAUGUUAAAGACAGUCUUUAUUUAUAUGAUACACAAACUGAUGCAUAUUGGACAAAAGUGAGAGUUGUAUGAGUUAGUUCUACUUGUUUGAAAUAUUGCUUGAUAUCUAUAAAAAUUUGUUGGUCUAUGAUGAUAUCAAAAACGGUUUAUGUGAAUGAUUACUUGGUCGGUGAGAAAUGAACCUGUUAGAAACUUAUUCUAUUUUUUACUCUAAAAUAGAGUAAUUCUAUAAUAUAGUUUGAGUUUGAUCCGGUGAUACUCUAUUUUAGAGUAGAAAAUAGAGCGAUGAACAAAAGAAAAACAAGUUACUCUUUAUUUGGAUAAACUUAUUUUCCACUUUAUUAUAAAGCGAAAAAUAAAGUAUUAUUGGAGCAUUUUUACUCUAAACUCUAUUUUAAAGUGAAAAAUAGAGUGAGUUGGAGAUGCCCUUAAACCAUCUCCAACCAAUGUCUAUAAUUUUCUCUAAAAUUAAUUUAACUUUAUUACAGAUAUGAGUUUUACUCAAAUUUUCCUGUUCUUAGAAGAUAUAAUUAAAUAUUGUUUUUGUUUAUAAAUAUACAUGUAAAAGUAAACUUAAUUAUAUUUUCUCCUAAAAUAAUAAAAAUAUUUAUCACAAAAUCAUACAUUGAGGAAAAACUACUUUUAUAAUAGAGAUAUUUUAGUUUAAAGAAAAUAUAAAGUUAGAUUAACAAAUAGUGGUCAUCUCAUACCAAAACACAAUUUGAAAACAAAUAGUGGUCAUCUCAUACCAAAACACAAUUUGAAAAUACAAGUAAAAGAAAAAGACAUAUAGAGAAAUUUUGAAAGUAGACCCCCUCAAGUAGUACUCUAUCCUCUAAGUUUUCUUCUUUAUUUCUCGACUCUCCUCUUUCGAUCGUCAUUCACAUGACGCAACCAGAUCUUUUUCUCACUUUUUCCUCACUGGGUUAUUUUUUUCUCACUUUUAUAAAAGAAACAAAUACAAAAGAUUGCGAGCUGCGUAUUCGGCCGCCAUCUAAAGCAUAACACACAACACAAAGCAUGAUUGUUGUGUCAGGAGAGAGGGGCAUGUCCCCCUUCUCUAUCUCUAGCUUGUGAGGCUCUAUAUAAGAGACAUUAUCGGACCAGACAUUAUCUUCAUUUUGUUCUCUUUGUCCCUCUACCUUCCAUACAAAUCUCUCUCCUCUACAAACAUAUAAACACACUACACUUCUUCCUCACCCUAUCGAACACUCUUUCCUUAAGUUUUGAGAGAGCAAGUUUAUCGAAAUGGAGAGGCUAAACGCGAAGUUGUACCUGCAAAACUGUUAUAUAGUAAAGGAGAAUGAAAGGUUGAGGAAGAAAGCUGAAAUCCUGAAUCAGGAGAAUCAACAGCUUCUCAUUGGACUCAACCAGAAGCUCUCCAAAACCAAGGACCCUAAUGAAUCAAAGCAAGGAAGCAGCAACCUCUCUUCGUCAAGUUCUGCUUCUGGACAAUCCUGAUGCAGUAAAACUCUUAGGACAAGUAUUGGAUUUGGUAUACUGAAAAAAAUUAUUCUGACCCUGCUCAGUUAGAAGAACCCAUCUUUUCGUAGUUCCUUUGUAUUGGUGUAAUGUAAGAAAAUAGUCAAAAGUUAGUGGGCAGUAGGAGUAUUAUUAUUAUUUGAACUUGUGGGUUCUUCUAAAUUAUUUCUACUACUAAAAGGACAGAACCAUUGUGUCU